CUCAUCGAUCAUCGUCGAUCCAUCGGAUCAAUACUCUGGAACUGAUCGUUUUCAGUUGUUUAUAUUUAAGCAGCAGCAGCGGGAGGCUCGCGCCGUCUGAGCGGAAACAUCUCGCGCCGUCUGAGCGUCCACACAGACCAUCAUCUUCAUCUUCAUCAUGUCCGGCACCAAGGAGGAGGACCGCAAAGGCUCGAGCGAGUGGCGGGAAUUCUUCUGGAACCCGCGAACUCACGAGCUGCUGGGCCGAACCGCCACGAGCUGGGGUCUGAUCCUGCUCUUCUACCUGGUCUUCUACCUGUGUCUGGCGGGAAUGUUUGCUCUCACCAUGUACAUCAUGCUGCUGACGCUCGACGACUAUAAACCCACCUGGCAGGAUCGCCUGGCCACUCCAGGGAUGAUGAUUCGUCCAAAGGGCGAUCAGCUGGACAUCACCUUCUCUGUCUCAGAGACUGAGAGCUGGGACGACUUCAUCCACAACCUCAACACCUUCCUGUCUCAGUACAAUGACACCUACCAGGUUCAGACCAAUGAUAACUGUCCUCCUGAUCAAUACUUCAUUCAAGAGGACAGUGGAGAGGUGAGGAACAAUCCGAAGCGUUCGUGUCAGUUCAAUCGGACGAUGUUGGAGGAAUGUUCUGGGAUCUCAGAUCGUUUCUAUGGUUACAGCAGAGGUCAGCCCUGCAUCCUCAUCAAACUGAACCGGGUCAUUGGAAUGUUGCCAGGGAAGGACAGGCAGUCUCCCUAUGUCACCUGUGGAGCCAAGAGGGAGGACACUGAUAAACUCGGACCUCUGGUUUAUUUUCCUCCUAAUGGAUCCUUCAACCUCAUGUACUACCCGUACUACGGCAAGAAAGCUCAGGUGAACUACACUCAGCCUCUGGUGGCCGUGAAAUUCCUGAACGCCUCACUGAACACGGACAUCAAUGUGGAGUGUAAAAUCAACUCCAACACUCUGAGAGACGGCAGCGAGAGGGACAAGUUCGCUGGACGGGUGUCCUUCAAACUACGGAUCAAUGACAAAUAGACACACACACACACACACACACACACACUGUCUCCCUCAUUAGAGCCUCAAACUGAAGCUUCGUGAUGCGUUCACUGACAGUCUGGAUUAUUCUCCUGUAAACGUGUAAACACAUAUUUAGUAUUGAGUCAUUUCCUGUGAUGUCAUCAUCCGUAAACUCACUGAACCUGAAACUGACCAAUCAGCACGCACACACACUCUGAUGUCACAGCCUCUGAGGAUGGACCGAAGAACAGACGAUCAAUCAUCGGAUCAAUCACAUAGCUGAUGUGUUCACUGACCAACCUUCAGUCAGUUUAUUUAUUCAUGACUUUGUUUAUUACUUGUUU